GUCAAGUAUUGACGCUGACUCUGACCGUCAUCUUGUGUUUUCUGGACAUAUGCUAUGGGCCCCGCGAAGCCUCACUAUGUAUCAUCACCCCCGUCUAUAUCAGAGAGAAAGACAGGUACUUCUCCCAGGACAGGUUCAGACUUUCCGCAGAGCUCAUCAUCCUCUAACACGAAAGUUGCACCUGGUGCUUCUACGUCUGCCAUUCCCCCAGUCAACAAGAGAGGGACGGAGGGAGAGAGAGAUCUAUCAUCUAAAUUAAGGUUUCGAAAAGAGAUGGCAGCCGUGCGUACUGCCCGCUUUACCUCACAUGUGUCAGACUCCAACCCGGCGAUGUAUAUCCGGCCGCUACACUCAGGACGCUUCUUAUCUACUUCCCCCCCUCUCCCUGAUUCACAAGCCCCAUUGACGCCCAGUGCCACGUUGACUGGUAAUGCAUUCAGUGCAACAAAUCCUGCGCUUCUCAACAGUAUUAUGCCGCGGUUGAAGCCAUCCCGCGCGAGGUUACAUGACAUGUUUCAAAGUGAUGAGGAGUUCGAUAUCUUGGAUACACACAGUGAUGGAUUCAUAGAAUCCACGUACAUGAGUUCAUAUUCAUCACGCUCAGUGUCACCUGCCUUCAUUCCCUCACCGAAUCUUAAUUGGCAACUACUUUCAUACCAUCCAGCUCGACCCAACCUAUCCCUUCACUUCGACAUCGCCUUUCCAACUCACGACAUCGAGUACAUACAGGACUCCUCUUGCGGGAUCCAACGGACGCCCCUGUCUGAUGCCGAUCUCGACAUGCCGGCCGCAGACGAGGAACUGAUCAAUAUGACCAUCAACUUCCAGCGUAAUCCCUCACAAUGGGAUAUCUACGUGAAGCGUGAUGAAGGCAUUCGUGUCCGCGAUGUUUUCGAGGCAAUCUAUUCGGCUUUCGACAUACCGCUCAAGCUAUACGAGAAGAGCUUGAUCCCACUUCACCUCCGUGCGGGGUGUGAGGAGGCAUUUAGGCUUCGCUGCAACCUUGCUCCGGUGCUUCCGGUUAUGCAACGACGCCAAGGCUGGAAACGUGUAGACACACUUCUCUAUGAGACCAUCUUCUGCGGCUUGACUCAGUCGAAGCGAGGAGUUUGGACAUUAAAUCUCAGCGGGACGAUGUCCAAAGCCCUUGACAGGAGGCGUCUCAUGUCGCAUCAUAUUGCACGUUAUCGAGCGGGGGGUUUACCGUGGGAUCCUAUGCUUGAACUUGAAACUACCGCAUCAAAUGCUCUCCCAGCCCCACCAGUAUUGGAAAUUUCUGGUGAAUACCUACCGCCGUACCCUGACCAAAGUCCGAACGCGCUACCAAAUUACUCUAACAAUGAUUUGUUCAAUCUACCUCUUUCUGCUGCAUUUGUGCAUAGAACAGGUGUGAGCAAUGAUAUAGUGCUCCCCCCGCAAGCUGCCUGCAGGAUCUGUAAUAUCGCCCGGUUGAAUGCAAUCUUCCGACAUGGGACCUUGUGCACUCUACUGUACAAUAUUCCAUCGUCAAUUACGCAACCUUCGGGUCAAGACUAUAUCUGGGCCUUCUUUUGCAGAUUUGCCCCCCUCGGUGCUUUGUUUGACUCGCCUGGUCGCGGACCUCUACCGAUGAUUCGACUAGGCACUGAUAGUGCUCGCCUCGUUGAAAGGCUCGAAGCAAACUUCGAGAACCCCAGUAAUACUAUGUCAUGGCUACACGGACCUUCCGGUGCAGGAAAGUCUGUCAUUGCAUACACUGUUGCCAGUCAUUGCAGACAGAAAAAUAUAUUGGCAGGUAGUUUCUUCUUCUCUCGCCGGCAUGCAAACUGCAGGAACGCGCGUUCUCUCGUGUUCGCGCUUGCAUAUCAACUUGGGCUGUCUCAACCGCAGGCGAAGGAGAAAAUAGUUGAAGCCCUGGACAGCGAUCCUGGUAUAAUUUCUCCUUCUCGAGAUUUGCGCGAGCAAUUCGCUCGGCUUCUCAUCGAACCCCUGGAGGCAGUUGAUCGGUGCUCUCCUUCGAGGGUGUUCGUCAUUGAUGCUAUAGAUCAAUGUCAAGACCAAGUGCCCGAACUCAUUUCACUCCUUACUCGACUUCUCUCUCAUAUGAUUGAGAUUGACGUGGGUCUUCACAUCUUCUUCACAAGCCGUGACUACACGAAAGGAGUCUUGAUCAAGCCUCAUCUCUUUCCAAUGAUAUCGGACAUUGCUCUGGACCUCGCUGGAAUUACUAGGGAUGUUAGAUUAUUCCUCCAUCAAUCUUUCAAUAAGAUACACAAACGUCAUCGGCUUCAAUGUCACAAGCCGUGGCCACCAGAAGAGGUGCUCGGCCGUCUAGUGGAUAGAGUGGGACCCCACUUUAUUACAGGAUCCAUCAUCGUAAAAUUCGUUGAAAGCCUUGACCAUGACCCCGCAGAUAGGAUGGAUUUCAUUGAUCAUAUUUCCUUCAACCCCUCAUCGCCUUCAGAGUCAUCAGUGGAUGAUUUCUACAAAUUCAUCAUAUCCACAGCCGACGACCCGGGGCAAGCAUACCUUUAUCUCACAAUUCUUGUGAAUAUUGCAGGCAUGCUGUCGUAUUCGCAACUAGAUGACCUUCUUAACCGAGGGCCAAACCAGAAAUUUGACAUGCGUUCUGCGCUGUCUCAAUUGUCACCUCUGGUUCACACCCCGGAUGGUCCCGACAGCGCUGUGCAAGUCUGUCACGAAUCCCUUUGCGAUUUCCUGUCCGAUCCUCUACGCUGUGCAGAGCAGUUUAUCUCUGAAGGCGUAGUUCAUCGUCUGUUGGCUUACUCUUCCUUGAGUGUCAUGAUAGAGGAGUUACCAAAUGACAGCAUUCUCUGUUCCCUAGCCGAAAUUGUGACCAAUGUGCAUACCCUCAAGGAUCAGCAUAAAACGGACUCUGGUGCACUCGACUAUGCUUGUACUCACUGGGCGCAUCACCUUUCUUUGGCGGAGUGGGAUGAUGACCUCCGCUCCAUCAUGACUACCUUCAUGAGACAGAAGCUU